CCCUUUGCACCCCCACCCCCUUCUCUCUUGCUUUCUGCACCCCUCUAGCCCCACUCUGCUCUUCUUCUCGUUGAUUUCGCCAUUACAGAGAGAAAAAAGAAAGAAUCUUGGCGAAGAAAGAAAGGAAAUGUUAUCAAGAGUGACAAGCAUGGUUUGGAUGGAUGGGAAAGAGGAAGACCAAACAGGUUCUUGGGCACACAACAACAAUGGCGGCGCCGGCGCCGGCGGAGGAGGAUUAGCGGCCAAGGAGGAAAUGGAGAUGGCAACAAUCAAGUCCAUGCUGGAAGCUGAGGAAGUGGAGUGGUACAUGGCUAAUAAUCACCAUGGCCACAACAAUGGUGCACCCAUGCAAGGCCAUGGGGGCAUCUCUUUCUCUACAAAUUUCUCUGAGCCUGACAACAAUCUGAUCUUGCACCCUGUGGAUUCCUCUUCCUCUUGCUCUCCUUCCUCUGCUUCUGUGUUCAAUGCUCUUGACCCUUCUCAGGUGCACUAUUUUUUGCCCCACAAGGCUGCCAUGAUGAGCCAUCCCUUGGAUCAGGGUGGGUUUGAUUUGGGGUGUGAGAGUGGGUUUCUUGAAACUCAAGCCCUGAGUGGUUUGAGUAGAGGGGGAGGGGUUUUGGGUGGUGGGUUUGGUGAUUUGAGCUGUCAGAACUUCUUGGGGGCUCCCAACUUGAGCUCUGUUCCUCAAUUUGGUUCUACCCAUUUGCUGCAACUUCCACACAAUGGUGGAGGAGGGGGGUUUGGUCCACUAGGGUUUGGAGAGGGAUGUGUUAACUUGAAUGUGAAUGAGAAUGAGAAUGAGAAUGCUUUGUUUCUUAAUAGGUCCAAGUUGUUAAAGCCACUUGAUAAUUUUGCUUCAAUUGGGGCACAGCCUACUCUCUUUCAAAAGAGGGCUGCUCUUAGGAAGAAUCUUGGAAAUUCUAGUGGAAAUUUAGCACUUUUGGGUGGUGAAAUUGGCCACACUGAUAGCAGCUUUGAUAAGAAGAGUGAAGUGAAUGAGAGGAAGAGGAAAGGGAGCAAUGGGGGAGAUGAAUUGGAGGAUGUGAGCAUUGAUGGCUCCAAUUUGAACUAUGACUCAGAUGAGCUUGUUGAAAACAGUGGCAAAGUUGAUGAAAGUGUUAAGAAUGGUGUAAUUAGCUCCUCCAAUGCCACUGGGGGUGACCAAAAGGGGAAGAAGAAAGGGCUUCCAGCCAAGAACUUGAUGGCCGAAAGGAGGCGUAGGAAGAAGCUCAACGACAGGCUUUACAUGUUGAGGUCUGUUGUUCCAAAGAUUAGUAAGAUGGACAGAGCUUCGAUUUUAGGGGAUGCAAUUGAAUACUUGAAGGAACUUCUGCAGAAAAUCAAUGACCUCCACAAUGAACUUGAGUCUACUCCUCCUUGCUCCGCAUUAACCCCUAAUUCAAGUUUCUACCCGUUGACACCAACUGCAUCUGCCCUACCCUGCCGUAUCAAAGAAGAAAUCAGUCCAACUGCAUUUGCAAGCCCGCUGUCUAGUCCAACUGGGCAGCCUGCAAGGGUUGAAGUAAGGGUUAGAGAAGGAAGAGCGGUGAAUAUCCAUAUGUUUUGUAGCCGCAAACCCGGCCUAUUACUUUCAACAAUGAAGGCUCUUGACAACCUUGGUAUAGACAUCCAACAGGCUGUUAUCAGCUGCUUCAACGGGUUUGCCUUGGAUAUUUUCCGAGCAGAGCAAUGCAAGGAAGGCCAAGACAUCCAUCCAGAUCAAAUCAAAGCUGUACUUAUGGAUUCUGCUAGCUUCAACGGGAUGAUCUAAGCUUCUUAUGAGUGGCCAACGGAAUAUGUCCUGCUUAAGGUCAUGGAGUUCAAUGUUGUUACUCGGAUCAACUUUGCAGUCGUCUGCACUAGCUUAGCAGAUAAAUGUCGUCUCGUAAGUCAUAAACUUUGGAAUUUCAAUAUUUCAGCUUAGUUUAGCAUUAAGCAUGGCUUUGUUUUGUAUUUUGCCCCCGGAAGAAACACCGUUAUUUUGCUUUGUAGUUCUGCAAACUGAAUGCAGAGAUUUUACCAUUCCAACCUGGUUUCAAGUUUGCUCUCUUAUCAUUCUAUAUAUAUAUUAUGGUUAUUUGACUAUA